GAUAUUUUGAUUGUAAAAAGUUGAAAGUGUGUGGGGCUAAACAAUUAUUAGGUCAAUAAAUUAAUGAUUCUCCUCCCCUUCCACGCCACGCACACAGGAUUUGUGUAUCGUCUCUCUCCUUGAUCAAAGGUUGAAGAAGCUCUGAAGCUGGCCUGAACUCCUCCUCAGCUUUGUUUGAUCGCUGAUGUGCUCUUGCUAGUUCAAGGAGCUUAUGGCAGAUAAAGGGUCUGAACAAAUGGAUGAUACAUCCAUGCCUUCUGCAGGAAAGGAGGAAGAAGUCAUCAAAAAGAAGUAUGGAGGUAUUGUGCCAAAAAAGCCCCCACUCAUUUCCAAGGAUCAUGAGCGUGCAUAUUUUGAUUCAGCUGAUUGGGCAUUGGGGAAGCAAGGUGUAGCUAAGCCCAAAGGACCACUUGAGGCACUUCGGCCCAAACUAGAGCCAACUCAGCAGCAAACACGGUACCGGAAAUCUCCUUAUGCUCCAGCAGAUGGAGAAGAUGCUAGCAACUCGCCUUCUAGUGAUGCAAGUGCCAAUGAAUGAGGAACUGUUGUUGGACAGAUAAUUGUCUCAUUCAAAUACUUCAGUUCUGUCUUGUUUCAUGAAACUAUAGCUGUGAUACCAGCAAGAACCGUAAUUUCUGCAUUUGAAAAACAAGUUCUAUUAACAUUUUUGUCAUACAUAUAUGAUGUAUGAUAUAUCCUAUGAUCUUUUAUGUUUCUAGAUGAAAUUUAAACAAAGUUGCAUUUGCUCUGUUUUGGGCUUCA